AUGGGUCACAGUCACCUGAACCUUCCAGCCCGACCGACAAUGGGCACUCCCUUUCGGGCGACCCGCCAAGAUCCUGCACGUGCUGGCCUUCUUGCCCGGGAGCUGCACAAGCUGAACGUGCAUGUGGCCGCCAUCCAGGAAGUUCGAUGGCCCGGUCAUGGAGAGCGAGAAUUCACGGCGGUGGACCCCAUCGCCAACACCUCUUUCAAGUACCACAUCUACUACAGUGGCGGCGAAAAGGCGAUGCACGGAGUCGGUUUCGUAGUGAUUGGGGAUCAGAAGAACCGAGUCAUCAAGUGGAAGGUGGUGAAUGACCGGAUCUGCGUGUUGAGAAUAAAGGGCAAAUUCUUCAACUACAGCCUGAUCAACAUCUACGCGCCGACGAACGACAAGCCCGAUGACGAUAAAGACGCUUUCUACGAGCGUCUCGACAAGACCUAUGGAGAGUGCCCAAGACACGACGUGAAGAUAGUCAUCGGAGACGCAAACGCGCAGGUCGGAAGGGAAGCCUUCUUCCAUCCUGUCAUCGGCAAGGAGAGCCUUCAUCCUCGCACGAAUGACAACGGCCUACGUUUGGUCAAUUUCGCCGCAGCCAGAGGAAUGGCUAUCUGUAGCACCUUCUUUGCGCGCAUGAACAUUCGGAAGCACACCUGGCGACACCCGAAUGGCGAAUCGUGCACACAAAUCGAUCACGUUUUGGUGGAUGGUCGACACUUCUCGGACGUGAUGGACGUCCGAUCGUACAGAGGACCGAACAUCGACUCUGAUCACUUCCUGGUAGCGUGCAAGAUCCGAGCUAGGCUGUCGAACGUGUUGACCCCGCGGACUGCGAGGAUAGCGCGGUUGAACGUCCAGUGCCUCGCGAGCAGCGACGUUGCUGCAGAGUACAGUCGGAAGCUCGACGAGCGGAUCAACGAGGACGCGCCUACGGGUAACCUGGACGAGCAAUGGGGAGCCCUCCAAAGCAUCGUCAACACAACGGCUACCGAAGUGAUCGGCACGACCAGAGGACGCAAACCCAAAGGGUGGUUCGAUGCGGAGUGCCAGCGAGUGACGGACGAGAAGAACGAGGCCAGGAAGCGUAUGCUGGUGAAGGGUACGCGCCGAAACUGUGAGCGAUACAGUGAGUUACGAAGAGCAGAGAAACGAAUCCACCGCCGAAAAGAACGGGAGUACGACGAAACGGUACUCGCCGAAGCGGAAGCACAGUACAACGCGAACGAUAAGCGGAGGUUUUACGCAACUGUCAACGGUGUAAGAAGGAAAACCACGUUUUCCCCUGUGAUGUGCAACGACACGGAAGGCAACCUGUUGACAGACAAGACUGCGGUGGCUGCUAGGUGGAAGGAGGAAGAUGGAAAAGCUGUGGACCCGCCUACGUUGGAGGAAGUAGCUAAGGCUGUUAAAGAGCUCAAGAACGGGAAAUCCGCGGGAAAGGACGGACUUCCGGCCGAACUUUUCAAGCACGGGAGUACGCGGAUGACCGAGAUUCUGCACCAAAUCAUCCUACGCAUUUGGUGCGAAGAACAGCUUCCGACCGACUGGUUAGACGGGCUCGUCACCCCAAUCUACAAGAAAGGGCAAAGACUCGAUUGUGCCAACUAUCGAGGCAUCACAAUCCUCACAAUCACAAUCCGCGUCCUGUGGAGCAAGCUGAGACCGAUGACCGAGACCUUUGUCGGCGAAUACCAGUGCGGUUUUCGAGCGGGUCGGUCAACGACGGAUCAGAUGUUCACUCUGCGACAAAUCCUCGACAAGUUCCGGGAGUACAACCUGCAAACACACCAUUUGUUCAUCGACUUCAAGGCGGCGUACGAUUCAGUCAAAAGAAACGAACUUUGGAAAAUUAUGCUAGAACACGGCUUUCCGGCGAAGCUAAUAAGACUGAUUCGUGCAACGCUCGACGGAGCAAAAUCAAGCGUGCGAAUAGCUAACGAGACAUCAGAAGCUUUCGUUACGUUGGAUGGAUUGAAGCAGGGCGAUGCUCUCUCGAACUUACUGUUCAUCAUAGCGUUGGAGGGUGCUGCUCGAAGGGCAGGCGUGCAAAGAAACGGAACACUCAUCACUAAAUCGCACAUGCUGCUUGGAUACGCUGACGACAUCGACAUCAUUGGUAUCGACCGUCGUUCAGUGGAGGAGGCGUUCGUCCCUUUCAAGCGGGAAGCUGCGAAGAUCGGACUGACCAUCAACACUGCCAAGACCAAGUAUCUGGUUGCUGGCAGAGCGCGCGGCAGUGCAGGUGUUUCGGAGGUGGAAAUAGAUGGAGAAAGAUAUGAGGUGGUGGAUGAAUUUGUAUAUCUUGGUACACUCGUGACGUGCGACAACGAUGUGAGCUGCGAAGUGAAACGGCGGAUUAGUGCUGCAAACAGGGCCUUCUACGGUCUUCGUAGCCAGCUAAGGUCCCGCAGCCUAAGGACGCCUACGAAAAUCACGCUGUACAGGACCUUGAUACUCCCUGUAGCUCUUUACAGUCACGAGUCGUGGACGCUAAAGGAGGCUGACCAGAGAGCACUUGGGGUCUUUGAGCGGAGAAUCCUGCGUUCUAUCUUCGGCGGCAAGCAAGUAGGAGACCGGUGGCGCAGGCGCAUGAAUUUCGAGUUGUACCAAGACUACAAACAUGCUGAUAUCGUAAAAGCCAUCAAGCACGACAGGCUGAAGUGGGCUGGACAUGUAGCCAGAAUGUCGGACGAGCGGGCGGCUAAAACGAUAUUCAGCAGCGAACCUGGACGCGGUCGUCGGCUUCAUGGAAGGCCUCGUACGCGUUGGCUGUGUGCAGUCGACGAAGAUGCAAGAGCAGCCAACAUUGUAGGCGACUGGAGACGAGCGGCCCAAGAUCGAGCAUCCUGGAAAUCUUCGAUUAGUUCAGCGUUGGGUCGAUAG